CCUUACACAAAAGCUGGAACGAGUAACAAAGGCCCACCAAGAUUCUUGCCCAGGUCUUCCCUGGCCUUGAAGCAUGAGAAGAUAAUGAAGGAAUACUCACACUCCUUGUGACAAGACAGUCGUCAGGAGAUUCCCAGCAGCUGCUGGAUUGCCCAAUCACUGAAGAGCCGUGAUGUUCCUAAACAGUUAAAAGUCAAGCACAGCUAUGUAACUCAUACAGUUUAUCUUUGCCAGACUAGAAGAAAGAAGGAGCACUACCGCAUUCUGAUAAAACAGGUCUAUGCAGCUACCAGGAUAAUGGAAUCUAUGUUGACUUUAGCAACAGAACAACCUGUUAAGAAGAACACUCUUAAGAAAUAUAAAAUAGCUUGCAUUGUUCUUCUUGCUUUGUUGGUGAUCAUGUCACUUGGAUUAGGCUUGGGGCUUGGACUCAGGAAACUGGAAAAACAAGGCAGCUGCAGGAAGAAGUGCUUUGAUGCAUCAUUUAGAGGACUGGAGAACUGCCGGUGUGAUGUGGCAUGUAAAGACCGAGGCGAUUGCUGCUGGGAUUUUGAAGACACCUGUGUGGAAUCAACUCGAAUAUGGACGUGCAAUAAAUUUCGUUGUGGAGAGACCAGACUAGAGGCCAGCCUUUGCUCUUGUUCAGAUGACUGUUUGCAGAGGAAAGAUUGCUGUGCUGACUAUAAGAGUGUUUGCCAAGGAGAAACCUCAUGGGCUGGAAGGGAAAACUGUGACACAGCCCAGGCAGUCUUCAAAGUGUCCGCUAAGGGGAGCAUGACGGAUACAGGGCUUUAUCCUUCCUUUAACAAACGGGUGCACAUGAGCCAGCAUGAGAAGUUGGUCUCAGACGCAGAGUUUGACCUGCCACCUGUUAUCUUGUUUUCUAUGGAUGGAUUUAGAGCUGAAUAUUUAUACACAUGGGAUACUUUAAUGCCAAAUAUCAAUAAACUGAAAACAUGUGGAAUUCAUUCAAAAUACAUGAGAGCUAUGUAUCCUACCAAAACCUUCCCAAAUCAUUACACCAUUGUCACGGGCUUGUAUCCGGAAUCACAUGGCAUCAUUGACAAUAAUAUGUAUGAUGUAAAUCUCAACAAGAAGUUUUCACUUUCUUCAGAGGAACAAAAUAAUCCAGCCUGGUGGCAUGGGCAACCAAUGUGGCUGACAGCAAUGUAUCAAGGUUUAAAAGCCGCCACCUACUUUUGGCCUGGAUCAGAAGUGGCUAUAAAUGGCUCCUUUCCUUCCAUAUACAUGCCUUACAACCGAAGUGUCCCAUAUGAAGAGAGGAUUUCUACAUUGUUAAAAUGGCUGGACCUGCCCAAAGCUGAAAGACCCAGUUUUUAUACCAUGUAUUUUGAAGAACCUGAUUCCUCUGGACAUGCAGGUGGACCAGUCAGUGCCAGAGUAAUUAAAGCCUUACAGGUAGUAGAUCAUGCUUUUGGGAUGUUGAUGGAAGGCCUGAAGCAGCGGAAUUUGCACAACUGUGUCAAUAUCAUCCUUCUGGCUGACCAUGGAAUGGACCAGACUUAUUGUAACAAGAUGGAAUACAUGACUGAUUAUUUUCCCAGAAUAAACUUCUACAUGUACGAAGGGCCUGCCCCCCGCAUCAGAGCUCUUAAUGUACCUCAUGACUUUUUUAGUUUUAAUUCUGAAGAAAUUGUUAGAAACCUCAGUUGCCGAAAACCCGAUCAGCACUUCAAACCCUAUUUGACUCCUGAUUUGCCAAAGCGACUACACUAUGCCAAGAACGUCAGAAUCGACAAAGUUCAUCUCUUUGUGGAUCGACAAUGGCUGGCUGUUGGGAGUAAAUCAAAUACAAAUUGUGGAGGAGGCAACCAUGGUUAUAACAAUGAGUUUAGGAGCAUGGAGGCUAUCUUUCUGGCACAUGGACCCAGUUUUAAAGAGAAGACUGAGGUUGAACCAUUUGAAAAUAUUGAAGUCUAUAACCUAAUGUGUGAUCUUCUACGCAUUCAGCCAGCACCAAACAACGGAACCCGUGGUAGUUUAAACCAUCUUCUGAAGGUGCCUUUUUAUGAGCCAUCCCAUGCAGAGGAGGUGUCAAAGUUUUCUGUUUGUGGCUUUGCUAAUCCAUUGCCCACAGAUAAUCUUAGCUGUUUAUGCCCUCAUCUACAAAAUAGUAUUCAGCUGGAACAAGUGAAUCAAAUGCUAAAUCUCACCCAAGAAGAAAUAACAGCAACAGUGAAAGUAAAUUUGCCAUUUGGGAGGCCUAGGGUACUGCAGAAGAACGUGGACAACUGUCUCCUUUACCACAGGGAAUAUGUCAGUGGAUUUGGAAAAGCUAUGAGGAUGCCCAUGUGGAGUUCAUACACAGUCCCUCAGUUGGGAGACACAUCGCCUCUUCCUCCCACUGUCCCAGACUGUCUGCGGGCUGAUGUCAGGGUUCCUCCUUCUGAGAGCCAAAAAUGUUCUUUCUAUUUAGCAGACGAGAAUAUCACCCACGGCUUCCUCUAUCCUCCUGCCAUCAAUAGAACUUCUGAUAGCCAAUAUGAUGCUUUAAUUAUGAGCAAUUUGGUACCUAUGUAUGAAGAAUUCAGAAAAAUGUGGGACUACUUCCACAGUGUUCUUCUUAUAAAACACGCCACAGAAAGAAAUGGAGUAAAUGUGGUUAGUGGACCAAUAUUUGAUUAUAAUUAUGAUGGCCAUUUUGAUGCUCCAGAGGAAAUUACCAAACAUAUAGCGAACACUGACAUUCCCAUCCCAACGCACUACUUUGUGGUGCUGACCAGUUGUAAAAACAAGAGCCACACACCGGAAAACUGCCCUGGGUGGCUGGAUGUCCUACCCUUUAUCAUCCCUCACCGACCUACCAACGUGGAAAGCUGUCCUGAAGGUAAACCGGAAGCUCUUUGGGUUGAAGAAAGAUUUACAGCUCACAUUGCCCGGGUCCGUGAUGUAGAGCUUCUCACUGGGCUUGACUUCUAUCAGGAUAAAGCGCAGCCUGUCUCUGAAAUUUUGCAACUAAAGACAUAUUUACCAACAUUUGAAACCACUAUUUAACUUAAUAAUGUCUACUUAAUGUAUAAUUUACUGUAUAAAGUAAUUUUGGAAAAAUGUAAAUGAUUUUUUCUGGAGAAUUAUAAAAUAAAGUUUUCUAUUUUUCCUUAAGUCCCCUAAAAACCAUAAUUUUUAUCAUUCCCUUUUCUCUUUUUCAUUUCUAUGAAUAUGUAUUAUAUUAAAGUUAUAUUUUUCACACAGAGAUGAUGCUAUCUUACACCUUCCCUUUUUUGUUGGAUUUUUAAACUCUAAUCUCAUGACAGAUUAUACCUUCCUUAUUACGUGUUUUAUCUCAGAAUCUUUGAACAUAUUUUUCUGCCCAGAAUUAUCUAAACAAAAGGGAGAACAAAAGAAGUAUGUCUCACUUGGGAACUGAAUCAGCUCUAAAUCAGUUUUGUUGUAAAACUUUUUGUAUUUGAUUGGCAAUACUGAUUAAAAUUUAAAAUGCACAGAA